AUGUCUGGAAACGAAUAUUUGAGUGUAGGUAUGAGUUUAUCGUCUAGUAAUGGAAGAUUUGAGUUAGGGUUUUUCAGACCCGGUCAAUCUUCCAACUAUUACAUUGGUAUUUGGUUCAAAAACAUCUCCCCUCAAACAGUAGUGUGGGUAGCAAAUAGGGUCACCCCAAUCUCCUCCUCCACAAAAUUGAAAAUUCUAGACGGCAACUUGGCUCUGGUGGCCGACGGGGCACAAAACCCAGUGUGGUCAACCAAUAUUACCGCCGGCGCCGCCGUGCUAGCAACUCUUGGAGAUAACGGAAACUUGGUUUUGAGCGACGGCGGCGCAAAACCAAUUUGGCAGAGUUUUGAUCACCCAACAAACACAUAUCUCCCCGGUUCCAAGAUCGGGUAUAACAAACGCACCAAAACCAAACAGGUUUUCACUUCAUGGAAAGAUUUAGAUGAUCCCGCGCCCGGGCUGUUUUCUUUUGACAAUAAUGGCAACAUGUCGUUUCUAUUGUGGAACGGCACCGAGGAAUAUUGGAACAGCGGACCCAAAUUCGGAAAUGGCACUUUACGAUAUUUGAAGCCAAAUCCCACUUUCAAUUUCACCAUUAUUGACAACGAGAACGAGAGUUACUUUACUUUUACCAUAAAAACCUCCCUGAUUUCAAGAUUCGUAAUAGACAUAAAUGGGCAACAUAAAUCGCUAGCGUGGUUGGAAUCUACCCAGGAGUGGCAAUCAAUGAUUGCUGAACCCUCACAAGAAUGCGACGUUUAUGCGCAUUGCGGGCCGUUCAGCAUUUGCAGCCAAAACUCAUCCCCCGUGUGUGCUUGUUUGUAUGGUUUCGAGUACAAAUCACAGAAUGCAUUAUUCUUUGAUGGCUGUGUAAGGAAAACCAGGUUCAAGUGUGAGGAUAGCUUCGGAUUCAAAAUGUAUCCAAAUGUGAGAUUGCCAAGACAUCCUCAAAACAUCACAACUGAGAAUCAGGCAGAAUGUGAGUCCACUUGUCUCAACAAUUGUUCUUGUACUGCCUACGCUUAUCAUCAUCAUAAUAGCAAUGGUAGUCGUUGUUCACUUUGGAUUGGACAACUCCUCAACCUCAAACAGUUUGAUGGUAAUGGAAGCACCAUUUACAUCAGACUUGCUGCCUCUGAAUUUUCAAACGUUGAAGAUAUAAACUCAAGGCACUUGUCAGGGAAGCUCAAAGCUAUCAUCCCUACUGUAGCAGUUGUUGCAGCAGCCCUACUUGCAUUCACUAUUUUCUACGUUUGUUAUAGGAGGAGAACAUCAUUGAAAAUAACAGAGCGUGCAGUGGAAGCAAUGGACGAAAUGAUAGAUGAAGAUAGUGAUGAGAAUGGCAUUGGCGUCCAAUUCUUUACUUUCCAAAGCAUAUCGGAAGCUACAGACAAUUUUUUGGAUGCUAAUAUACUAGGAAAAGGAGGCUUUGGUACAGUUUAUAAGGGUAUGCUUCCGGGAGGGCAAGAAAUUGCAGUAAAAAGAUUAUCAAAUCAAUCUAGACAAGGCAUUGACGAAUUUAAGAAUGAAAUUGUACUAAUUGCAAAGCUUCAACACAGGAAUCUUGUUAAACUUAUAGGUUAUUACUGCAUGCAAGCCGGAGAAAAGAUAUUGAUAUAUGAGCAUAUGGCAAACAGGAGUCUAGACACCUUCAUAUUUAAUCAAACACGUCGACUAUUAUUGGAUUGGACCAAGAGGUUUGACAUCAUAUUGGGAAUUGUCCGAGGACUUGUAUAUCUCCAUCACGAUUCAAGAUUGAGAAUCAUUCAUAGGGACAUGAAAACAAAUAACAUUUUAUUAGAUGAAGAAAUGACACCCAAGAUUUCAGACUUUGGAUUAGCGAGAAUGGUAGUUGGAAAUACAUUUGAAGCAAAUACCAAAAAAGUUGCAGGCACCUACGGUUACAUGUCUCCUGAAUAUGCGCUAAGUGGACUCUUCUCAACUAAGUCUGAUGUGUUUAGUUUUGGAGUGAUCAUACUCGAAAUAAUUUGUGGAAAGAAAAACACAUCAUUUUAUCAGCAUGAAGAAGUCUCAAACCUUUUAGGCUAUGCAUGGAAAUUAUGGAAUGAAGGGAAUGCAAUGGAUUUAUUAGAUGACUCGCUACUAGAAUGCUGUAAGGAAUGUGAAGUGUUGAAGUGCAUAAAUGUUGGGUUGUUAUGUGUUGAAGAAGAUCCAAAUCGUCGUCCUAGCAUGCCUAUUGUAUUUCUAAUGUUGACAGAUGAAAGUAUGAAUCUACCAAAACCAAAUCAACCAGCUUUUGUUACAAGAAAUCAUAUUUGCAAUGACUCUUCUACUAUUGAAUCUGAUAAAUUGUGCUCCAAUCAACUGACUUUUUCAGCACAAGAAGGUCGAUAG